CAUUUUAGACGGUGACGUUUUAUGCAUUUUUUUUUUUUCAAGUUGUUUAAACCGUUAAUCAAUCUUAGGAUGUCCUGUAACAAGCAUAAUCCCAGAAGUGAGAAGUCAUAUUCGAAAGUUUUAACCUCGAAUCCAUCGAAUUUCAGUUCUUUACGUUAACCUCUCUGUCUUUGCUCAUCCUUUUUGUCUUCAAUCCGUUUCUUCUUCUUCUAUAUGAUGCCUAUCGUGGGUGCGGUGUACUUCCUUCUUCGCAUUUCAAACUUAGUCGUUCUUUAGCUCAAAUUCCACUCGUCAUUGCCGACUCCUCGGGACUUUCCAGUUUCCACUGCAACCAGGUUCAGGUGAAGGACUUGAGUUUAUUUUCUGGAUCCUGGAGAUUUUGUGUUUUUCGAGCAUCUGCACUUUGAUUGAACAAGUUAUAUAUGGGAAAUGAGUCUUGGUUUAGUAAUUUAUGGUGGAGUGCAUGGAAAGGUGUUCCAGAGAAUGACAAGGCAGCAAUUGGAGUUUUGGCAUUUGAGGUCACAAAUUUGAUGUCCAAGGUUGUCCAUUUAUGGCAUUUCUUGAGUGAUAACGAGAUAUGUAGGUUGAGGAAAGAGAUUUUAAAUUCAAUCGGGAUGCGAAAGCUUGUAGCUGAUGAUGAUGAUGAUGAUCGUAUUAUGGAUCUUGUUCUAAACGAGAUAAUGGAGAAUUUUGGGGUCCUAUCAAGAUCAGUAGCCAGGCUUGGGAAGAAAUGCAUAGAUCCUCUUUUUCGCCGUUUUGAACAGUUUGUUAAUAACCCACUUCAGAACAAUCUUGAAUGGUUUGGUUGGGAUUAUAGAUUGAGGAAGAUGGAAAGGAAAGUGAAAAAAAUGGAGAGAUUUGUUGCUGUUACUAUGCAACUGUCUCAGGAGCUUGAAGUUCUUGCAGAGCUCGAGCAAACUCUAAGGCGAAUGCAUUUGAAUCCUGAUCUAAGCCAAGGGAAAUUGUUUGAAUUUCAGCAGAAGGUGAUGUGGCAACGUCAGGAAGUGAGAAAUUUACGUGAGUUAUCUCCAUGGAUUAGAACUUAUGAUUACAUUGUCCGGCUUCUGGUAAGAUCACUACUAACAAUACUUCAGAGGAUCAAGCAUGUUUUUGAGAUUAGCCAACUGCCAACUCAGGAGAAAAACAAUGGCCAUGAAUAUAUGAAUCCUACUUGUGUUUCCCGGAGCCGAUCCUUUUCUGCUAUGCACUCAUCAAUACAUCCCUCAGAGAGUAUUUAUUGUGGAUUAUCUUCAGGACCCCUGGGAAGAUCAGAUUCAAAGUCAAUAGUUAUGGCUGAGAAGAACAAAAUAAACAAGCAGCUACAACUUCGUAGUCAAUCGUCCACUCUACAUGGAAAGCACCAUCACUCUAGAACCGGCCGGUUGGCUCCUGUUGGACCUUUCAAGGAAUGCAUGAUGAGCAGAACUGAGUCUCCACUUCUGCAGCGCUGCAAGCCAUAUAUCUGUGAUUCUGUAGAGUUCACUGGUGAUUAUAUGAAAAAUGUCAGCGAAAUGGAAAACGUGAAUAAGGGACCUCUUACUACUUGCAGUAACCAAAUUUAUUAUAAAUUAGCCCUUCUCAGUUCAAAGCGCGGAUUGUUGAAUGCUCCUCCAUCAACUCUUGGUCAUGCUGCUUUGGCUCUCCACUACGCAAAUAUGAUUGUAAUGGUUGAGAGGCUAGCUUCAUCACCUCACAUGAUUGAUUUCGAAACCAGAGAUGACCUGUAUAUGAUGUUACCCACAACUAUACGUGUCGCUCUGAGAACUAGGCUUAAGCCUUCUGGCAAAUCUCUAGCUCCAUCUGUAUUUGAUGCUUCAGUUGCAGCAAAAUGGAGUCUGGUGCUCGCGAACAUACUGGAAUGGUUAUCUCCACUGGCGCAUAACAUGAUAAGAUGGCACUCAGAGCGAAGUUACGAGAGGGAGCAAUUGGUUUCAAGGACAAAUGUGCUUCUGGUACAAACACUGCAUUAUGCAAAUCAAGCAAAAACCGAGGCUGCAAUCACAGAGCUUCUUGUAGGCCUCAACUACAUCUGCAGGAUUAAUGGAGACAUUAGCGAAAAGGAUUGGUCAGAGUCUUCUCGGUGCAGAGCACAACAUAUGAAAAAGGGAAGAACUUUAUAUGCAAUAGACUAAAGAGUACAACAGAUGCUCACAGGCCUCACAACUUGAAGAUAAAUCAAUCUCCUGAGAUGCUUCUCCUUGCAGGCGGAUAGUGUAGUGCUUCCAUGAGCUACUUCGAAUGGCAUGUCCUCCAUUGCUAAGGUGCGAUUUUGAUAAAUCAUCAAUACUUUGUUUCUUUCCAAGGAACUAGAAGGGUAGAUUGAAUUGCUAUCUUUGGACCUGAAAAUUCCUAAAUCUGUUUACACAGCAGGCUAAUUUUGGUCUUAGUCUUGGGGGUUUUCAAUGUAAGGUAUAUAUUAUCUUGUAGUAUAUUUCUUACACACACUCAGUGUAUCAUGGAUGUGCAUCCGACCAAUAGAAUGUGAGGAAUAUCAUGAUUUUGUAUGUCAUUUAUUCAUCAGUCGGGUGUAUAAGCGUGUAAAAAUUUCCCUAUCUUGUAAUAUAAAGCUUGCUAUAGUAUCAGGAAUUGCAAAGUUUCAACUUUUUGGGCAAUGCCUGAAUAUUCAA